AUGGUUGCUGCUCAGAGGUAUAUUGCAGACAUUAACGGCUUGAUAAGCACCAAAAGUCCACACUUCAGAAUCGUAGUUCGUGUCAUGUCAAUCUGGAAGAUGUACAAGAAGGCAGAUCAGAAAGAAAUCAAGUCACUUGAACUCAUAUUCAUUGAUGCUCAGGGUGGAAAAAUUCAGGCUACCAUCCCUAAAAGCUUUAUGGACAGCUUUAUCAAGUACUUCGCAGAAGGCUGCCUUUGGCAAAUAGCAUGUUUUGAUCAUGCUUUGAACAUUGUUGGUGGUUACCGUUGUUCAAAACACGAAUACAAAAUUGUCUUUGAACCUAACACCAUUGUGGAUACUGUGGAUGAUGUUGUUGAUUUGGAUAUUCCUAACCAUGUGUUUGAAUUCACUCCUUUUUCUGAGAUAUCAAAUUUCAUUGCGAAUUUUGAUUUCUGUUUUGAUGUUAUUGGACAUGUUAUUGGUGUUAGUGAGGCGAUCAUUGAUGGGGAUAAGAAGAGGAUAUCUGUGGAGCUGGAGGAUGAAAGGGCUGAUAGGUUAAAGAUAACCCUGUGGAAUAGAAAUGCUGAUGCCAUAUCAGCAAUGAUGGCUGAUCAUCCAGUAAUGUCGGUGGUGCUUAUUGUGCAAUAUGUGAAAUGCGAAAAGUGGAACUCAAGAGCUUCAGUCACCACUAAUAUGUACAAUGGCAGAAUCUUCCUAAAUGACAUGUCUAUGCCUGCAAUUUCUGAAUACAAAAUGAGAUUGGAGGAUAUUGAGGAUAAAGAUGCAAGUGUCCAGCAGAUUUCUAUACUUUCUAACAUAUUUGGAUACAAUACUUAUGAAGACUUUGUGAAGGAUGCAUCAAUGUUAACUCUGUCUGAGAUAAAGGAGUUAGAGGAGCCUUGCUAUGUGGUUACUUUUGCUAAAAUUACUGGAUUGGUGAAGGAAUUUGAUUGGUGCUACUUAGGAUGUAGAGACUGCAACAAGAAGGUCACAGAAAUAGGUAAAGACACUGACACCAGGUUGGUAGGAUUGCCUAAAAGUAAUCAACGUGGGAAGGGGAAAAAGGUCACUAGUGAAAUCAAUGGUGAAGGUAUCAAAAAGUUUCUAUGCAGUAAACAUGGUCUUGUUUCUGCUGUUACUCAAAAGUUCAAGAUACAUGCAAUUGUUGUUGAUGGAUCAGGCAGUGGUAUAGUAACCUUAUGGGACAGACAAGUUUACAAUUUAAUUAACAAGAAUGCAUCUGAACUCCUUGAAGAGGAACCAGGAGUUUAUUAUCCAAAUAAGCUAGAAGAACUUAAAGGAAAAAAGUGUUUGUUCAAGCUUGAUAUUUCACAGUUUAAUAUAAGGAACAGGGACAGUGAAAUGUCAGUUGCUAGGGUUACUACAGAUGCUGCAAUUAUAAAACAGUACCUACAAGCUGUAGCUGAAGAUCUGGAAAUAGAUGCAGAAACUAGUAUUGAAUUUGGGCUCAGUAUGACCCAAACAGAUGAUAGUACUGCAAAGACUGCUGUAUCAUGUAUUGGUGAUGUUAAUAUCCAGAAUGCUGAUAUUGGAACUCCUCUGGAAGAUACUGCUGAUAGUCCCCCACCAAAGAAGUCCAAAUCUACUCAGGACCUUGAGAGUGUCAAAUCCCACCAGAAUAAAUGUGUCAGGAAAAUCUGA